GGUAUCUAAAGCCACAUUUCAACCAUAAAUCCUUAUACAAAACACGCCAAAAAAUAAAAAUUAAAUAAUUAAAAAAAAUUGAGAUACACGAAAAUUAUAGAGAAUAUGGAUCACGGGUUAUAGCCUCGUAGGAUCAGUUUCUCACCUUCAAAUACACACACUAUUUUCACACACACACAAUUCCUUCCACUUCUCCAAUGGCGUCUCUUCAACUAACUCCUCUGUCCACUUGCACCGAUCUCUCUCUUCCUGUCAUCAGAGUUUUCCGAUGCCGGAAGACUCUCUCCGUCCGGUGCUCUGCUGGAGAACCUUCUUCUUCCUCAUCUCCAUCGAUUUCCGUUGGUUCCGAUUUCGACGCCAAGGUUUUCCGGCAUAAUUUGACCAGAAGCGAGAACUACAACCGGAAAGGAUUCGGACACAAGAAGGAGACGCUUGAGCUCAUGAGUCAAGAGUAUACCAGUGACAUAAUAAAGACUUUGAAGGAGAAUAACUAUGAAUAUACAUGGGGAAAUGUUACUGUAAAGCUUGCAGAAGCUUAUGGCUUUUGCUGGGGUGUUGAGCGUGCUGUCCAGAUUGCUUAUGAAGCCAGGAAACAAUUCCCUGAUGAGAAGAUUUGGAUCACUAACGAAAUUAUUCACAACCCGACUGUUAAUAAGAGGCUAGAAGAGAUGGAAGUUAAAGAUAUCCCAAUUGAGGAAGGAGAAAAACAAUUUGAUGUGGUUGAUAAGGGUGAUGUUGUAAUUCUGCCUGCUUUUGGAGCUGCAGUAGACGAAAUGUUGACUUUGAGUAACAAACAAGUACAAAUAGUUGACACAACAUGCCCUUGGGUGUCUAAGGUGUGGAAUACUGUAGAAAAGCACAAGAAGGGGGAUUAUACUUCAAUCAUUCAUGGUAAGUAUACCCAUGAAGAGACAGUGGCAACAGCCUCUUUUGCAGGAAAGUAUAUCAUUGUGAAGAACAUGGAUGAGGCAACAUAUGUGUGUGAUUACAUUCUUGGUGGUGAACUUAAUGGAUCUAGCUCAACCAAAGAAGCUUUUCUGGAGAAAUUUAAAUUUGCAGUUUCCAAAGGUUUUGAUCCAGAUAAAGAUCUUGUGAAAGCUGGUGUGGCAAACCAAACCACAAUGUUGAAAGGAGAAACAGAGGAGAUAGGAAGAUUAGUAGAGAGGACAAUGAUGCAGAAGUUUGGAGUAGAAAAUAUCAACAGCCACUUCAUAAGCUUCAACACUAUCUGUGAUGCAACUCAGGAGAGACAAGAUGCUAUGUAUAAAUUGGUGGAUGAGAAGUUAGAUCUUAUGUUAGUGGUUGGUGGGUGGAACUCAAGCAACACCUCACACCUACAAGAGAUUGCAGAGGAACGUGGCAUUCCAUCUUAUUGGAUUGAUAGUGAACAAAGAGUGGGUCCCGGGAACCACAUAGCUUACAAGUUAAUGCAUGGUGAAUUGGUUGAAAAAGAGAACUGGCUACCAAAAGGUCAUGUCACAAUUGGUGUCACAUCUGGUGCAUCUACCCCUGACAAGGUAGUGGAGGAUGUGCUGCUUAGGGUAUUUGAGAUCAAACGCCAAGAAGUACUACAACUGGCAUAGAUAUAGAUUAGGCAUAUGUUAUGUAUACAUAUGAAUGUUUAUGUGAUGUAUGUGUGUCUAUAAUACAAAACCAUGGGUUGGUAUUUAUCUACACAUGUUAUAAAAUCUCACCACUUCGAUCACUUUAAGACUGUGUUUGUUAUAUGAGACUUGAUUAUAAUCGGACAACCUUCUUAGUUCUUAGGGCUAUGUUCGUGUGGAGGGCGUUCAUGUCUUUUACAUAUAUCCGAGAUCAAGAUAUAUUUAAUAAAUAGAGGGGUGCAUGGAUCCCACUUAAAAUUGGGCCCCACCAUAUAAUUUAGUCAUUUUUUUUUUAUAAGAGUAUGUAGUUGGUACCACUUAACUAUUUUUAGCACCUAUUUUGAAAAAAAAAAAAAAAAAAAAAAAA